AUGGCCGACGAUUCUCGAAAUUCAACCUCUGCCCAGGAGGCUGGUAGUCACCUCCCCGCGAGCAUCCCCAAUACCGAUCCCACCAAACCCAAACACGAGUUCCCUCAGUCGCAAGUCGGAAAGUUAUGGGAUGCAUUCGGCAACCCCGAAGAGCCGGUCAACAUGCUCGCCAAUGCCUCUUACAAGCCUCGUGGCAAAGAUCCCAAAGAUGUAUCCUACUCUGAAGUGGUCGGAGAUGUAUCUAUGAGUCAAAUCUCAUCAUUCUACAAAGCACCAUGUGCACGGGAGUCGUUAUUAACUGGCAUUGGCGCCGGCUUUGGAAUUGGUGGUAUUCGUGGUGUAUUUGGAGGGAUGCGCUCAUUAUGGUCUGCCGGAAACUGGGCCGUCGGAGUAUUUGCGGUCACUUCUUUGGCAGCUUAUGAGCUCUGCCGCCGUCAACGAAUCGAAGAGAUGCACGGAAUGAAGCAAGCAGUCGAGUUAAUGAAGGAAUUGAAAGAGAAGAAACAACGGGAUAAGGAAAAGGCCAUCGAGGCGGCGGCCCUGCGGACAGAGGAGGAAAAGCAAAAGAAGAGUUGGACAAACCCUUCCAACUACAAGUUCUGGUAG